AUGGCCGGCGGCGAUGGCGGCGGCGGCGGAGGAGGAGGAGGAGGAGGAGGAGGAGGAGGAGAGAGGGAGUUGGUGGCGGGAGGAGGAGGAGGGAACGAGAGCCCUAAUCCUGGCCCCAGCCGCAGGUUCUUCAUGGCCGUGCACGUGGGCGCCGGCUUCCAUGCGCCGGCGAACGAGAAGGCAUAUCGCCGGGCCAUGAAGCGCGCCUGCAACGCGGCCGCCGCAGUCCUCCGCGAGGGUAAUGGCACAAGUCUUGAUGCGGUUGCAGCUGCCAUUCAAGUGUUGGAGGAUGAUCCUAUCACAAAUGCUGGACGUGGUUCAAAUUUGACUGAGAGUGGUCAUGUGGAAUGCGAUGCAAGUAUCAUGGAUGGUACUACUUCUACCUUUGGAUCUGUUGGAGCUGUGCAAGGUGUAAAGAAUCCCAUCCAAAUUGCUUUGCAUUUGGCAAGGGAACAAAUGAUAGGCUCUUCAUUGCUUGGUCGGAUACCCCCCAUGUUUUUGGUUGGCGAAGGAGCAUUCCAAUGGGCAAAAGCAAAAGGAUUGAACCUACCUGAAACAACAUCAGAGGGAAAUAGUUGGUUGGUGACUGAGAAUGCAAAAGCACUGUGGACAAAAUACAGAUCAUUGCUUUCAAGUGCCAAGGAAUUGGCUAAUAAUAGCACUGGUUCUGGUUCAGAAUCUUGUUCAGUACAGUUGGAAGCAUCAGGAUCUGAAGCUGAGGAUAUUACUGGUGUAAAGAAGAUGAAGAUGAUCACACAAUCAAUCAUGGAAGAUGAUCAAGACUGUGUUAUGGAUACUGUUGGUGCUAUUUGUGUUGAUUCACAUGGAAAUAUAGCAUCGGGAGCAUCCAGUGGUGGCAUUGCACUAAAGGUAGAUGGACGUGUUGGUUUGGCUGCUAUGUAUGGGUCUGGUUGCUGGGCCGCAUCCAAAGGGCCCUUUGGCACACCAUUUAUAGUUGGGUGUUGUGCAACUGGAGCUGGUGAACACUUGAUUAGAGGAUUUGCUGCACGUGAAUGCUGUAUCUCAUCGUCAUUGAUACAAUCUGGCCCUGCUUCUGCCUGCACCAAAGUUCUGCGCCAAGUGGUUAAAAGCAGCAGCGAGAUGUCUCAUGAUACAGGUGCUGGGUUGUUGCUAGUUCAGGCUGAUGUUCUAAAGAGAGGGAAGUUACCUGCAUUGGGAGCUGCUGAGCUUGUUGCUGCGCAUUCCUCACCAUCAUUUGGUGUUGGUUAUCUCGGAAGUAAUAUGAACGCUCCAAAGGUUGCAAUGCUUAGAUCUUCAAAAACCGUACCCAGCGGUACCAUAAACCAUUUUGCUACUCGUGUUAACUUCGACGCACAAUCUGAACAAUGACGUACUGUUUUUAUCCUGGUGUGGUGAUCCAUUACCUCUUGGAAAGGAUCUCACUGGUGAAUGUAGUCCAGUGGUCUCAUCCAUGUUUUUGAGGGGAGCACUCAUGUUCUGCCAAAGGAUAAUUUAUAAAAAAAUCUGGCCUUGUACUAAAGACAUUGUUACUGACUUAUUGAACUGGCCCGAAAAUUUUGUUGCUCCGAACUUUAUGUAUUCCGGUGGAAUGGUUUUUUCGUAAUGUGAAUUGCCAAGAUGAGCUACUGAUGAAAGUUUGAAAC